AUGAAAGAGUCCCCGGACGCGAGAGGUCUUGAUGUGUCGCUGGAGGAGGUGGAGGAGGUGGAGGAGGAGCCCGUGGUUGAGGUGGCACCUGCCCGUAGACGUAGACGUGCCCGUGGACGUGGACGAGCGAGCUUGAGCGCCGGCAACUCCCCGGAACCGAAACGUCGUGAUGAAGAGGAGGAUGAAGAGGAGGAGUUGGUGGUUGAGGUGGCACCUGCCCGCAGACGUAGACGUGCCCGUGGAGGAAGCCCAGUGGGUGGUGAAGAGGGGGAGGUGAUGGCUGCUGUUGGACGAGGAGGUGGAGGCGGGGCAGGAGCGGCCCGGGGUGGUGCUGGCGGAGGACGCGGAGGAGGACAGCCCAUGGCCCGAGGUGGUGACAGCACCUCGGCCGCUCGACCCGCGACCACGUCGCCCCCCCGUGUGGCCGGCCCCCGCCGUCCAAAGCGCAGGUCCAACGAACACGACGAGCGCCUGGCUAGGAUCGCACUCAUUCUCCAGUUUAUCUCGCUGAUCACCGAAGGACGUGAAGUAAAUGUGUGGCAGAGGGCCAAAGGAUGCUUUUUCCGAGCCUUUGGAAUGGAGGCUGAUGCCACCAACCUGCGCCGGAUUGCCACAAAGAUGAAUAGGAUGAGGGAGCGAGAGAAACUAAUGGAGAUGAGGGAGACCCGAAACCACCGCCACUACAUCGCCAACCCUUUCAAUGGUCCGCUGCGAAUCAAGACGCUCGGACGACAACUCAACACAACACUCGUCGAGCACUUGACCGGAUGGAAAGCGGUGUGCUUGGUGGCGAAGAACCUGGUCACACCGUUGCGCCUUGGAUUGGCAGAAGCAAUCGCUUUCCGCACCGACCAACUGCUCCACUGCCAAGGCAUUGUUGACAAUGUCGUCAACGACGAAGAGACGAUGGACUUGGUGAUGGAGUGGUUUGAGGACGGUGCAGGUUUGAGCUUGCUACGCUUGAUCGCCGAACACACCAAGAUGAUGCGAGGCGGAUGGGUCGGGGGCUGGGAGGUUGGAGCCGCCGACGAGGGCGAGGAGAGUGAGGGCAGCAGCGCCGCCGAAGAAGACGUCGACUCCGACGAUGAGCAA